AUGGAAGAUAUAAAAGUUAUUGGUGAACCCAUGAAGCCAACAGUUUCCUCAGCAGCUGUUGCCAUUGGCAAUGAUAUUUACAUCAUGGGUGGAUUUAAUGGGAUUACCCAUGGUACUCUGGUCCAAUUAACUUUACCUGAUGACCUUUGCACUCUGCACUCUACUACGAUUGGCUGUUUACAAUCUCAUGGAUGUUCAGCAUGUGUGAGUUCUAAUACAACAGCUUGUUUUUCAAAUGCUCUCAGCCAACCUCCAAGUUGUGAAGAUGAAAUUGCUGGAGUUUAUUGCAACAGAGAAACCAUAGAGAACCGUGAAUGUGAAAUGUUAUCAACAUGUAGUGAAUGUCUGUCUCCAUAUCCAGUAUAUCCAGAUGCAGAUCUUCAAUGUCAGUGGUGUUACAGCUGUCCUGUUGGUAGAUGUAUUGACAAAGACUUAUCAUGUCAAAUAGAACACAACUGUGAUAAAGACCAACAAGCAUUAAAAAACAUUGAAAGUUGUCCUGAGUUGAUAUGUGAGGCAUCAGACUGUAAUAAAUGCAUCUCAAUAUCUGCAUGUAUGUGGACUAGACAGAUAAAGAAAGAAGGUGAAACCCGAAGCACAGCCCACGAAUAUCCAAUCUAUGACUGGAGUUGUUUUAGUAGUACUUUAAGAGAUCUCUCAUCUUUUGAUAUUGACUCAGUACCACCAUCACAAUGUCCAGUAUUAUGCCAUGAACACUCUACCUGUUAUAAGUGUCUAAGUUCUAAAGGAGCUGACGGAGGUUGGCAGGAAUGUGUCUGGAGUGAAGGCUUACAGCAGUGCAUGUCACCAACCUAUAUACAGUUACAAUGUGUCAAUGGUAUAUGUGAACAUGUGGUUCGAUACACAGUAGAUGGAUGUCCUACACCAUGCAGUUUAAACACAAUGUGUUCUACAUGCUUAAAUCAACCAGGAUGUGGUUGGUGUUCUUUUGCCGGUGAAAAUGGUGUUGGUGUAUGUAUGGCUGGAGGCAUACAUGGGCCAGCUGAAGGUGGUGUCUGUACAGCACAGAAUGUCUCACUAAGGGUUGAUCCACUGCCAGCUGAAAUUGCAAACUAUACCCUUGAUCUAAAUGGUCCUCCUGUUUGGUCGUUCGGAGGAUGUCCACCAGAGAAUGAAUGUCGUAAUGGUCAUCAUAACUGCGCACAGACUGAGAAAUGUAAUGAUACAUUAGAAUCAUAUCAAUGUGACUGUAAAGAAGGAUAUGAGAGAGACAGGUCUUCAGGUGUGUGUAAGCCAGUCUGUACUCAAGGUUGCUUCAAUGGACAGUGUGUUCAACCUAAUGUCUGUGAUUGCUACUUUGGAUAUGUCGGAGGCAAUUGUUCCAUUGAGUGUGAAUGUAAUGGACAUUCCAACUGUGAAAGUAUUGAAUCCAGACAUAAAUGUAUACAUUGUUACAACAACACACAGGGUGAUCAUUGUGAGGAAUGUCUUCCGUUUUAUGUUGGUAAUCCCGAAAAUAACGGCACAUGUCAGCCGUGCAGAGCAUACUGUAAUGGUAACUCCGAUAUUUGUAUGAGUAUAACAGACUACAAUCUAACAAUGCAAAAAUAUAACAUGCUGCAAGAAUCUAAGAUUACGCAAUCACAGGCCAAUGAAUUUGUUUCAUCUGGAGCUAUAAGUAAUGCAAUAUGUAUUGGAUGUGAAAAUAACAGCGAAGGAGAUCAGUGUGAAACGUGUAUUGAUGGAUUCUUUAAGAUGGAUGGACAGUGUAUUCCGUGUGAGUGUAAUGGUCACUGGGACUGGUGUGAUAAAGAAACAGGACUAGAAUGCCAAUGUGACAAUCACACAGAGACUGUGUGCACAGGAGACAAUAAUGAACCUUGCUGGAAAAGACAAUGUGCCUCGUGUAAAGAACUUUAUAUUGGGGAACCCACCAAUAGUCAUCAGUGUUAUCGACAAAUGCAGUAUAACAAUGUAUAUUGCUUUGCAACAACUCAAUCAGAGUGUGAUACAGCAACACCCCCUAAGCCUCUUCCAGGAGGCAAGAGUGUUUUCUUUGCUAUCCAACCGAAGUACACAAAUGUUGAUAUACGUCUUCUUAUUGACGUGACUGUUGGUGCACUUGAUGUCUAUUUAUCUUAUUCGGAAGACACGUGGGUUGUAACUCCCGACCCCAACAAUGGAAGACAUAUUAUAAACAUUGAUGAUAAACAAUAUUGGGAACACAGUCGUCGUCGACGUGAUGAAGACCAUCGUUAUGCUAGGGAGACACAAACCACGGAUGCAAUCACCGCUCCACCCACACAGCAAAGCAUUGUGAAUGACUUACUUGAAAUCUACGCUGAUGGGUUGAAUACAUUUGUGACGAUCCACAACCCGUUUACGUUUCUUAUUGUGUAUAGUUUGAGGAAUAGAUUAGUGGUUACAUUUCCACAUGUUCCACACGAGCUGGAGACUCGUAAAUUCUACAUUGUGUUACUCAGCAAGGAGGAAUUCAGUCAAAAUGAGACUCAUGGAAUCCUAACUUUCCGACAAGAUCAGCCACACAUUGACUUGUUUUCGCCGUGA